AAAUUUUAUCAAAGAUCAACUAUCCAAUAUAUGUUAAAAUACUGAUGAAGAAGAAGACUCAUAUUCAUUUAAUGAUUAUCUAUAAAGAAGGCGAUACUCAAAUUAGUUCAAUAUCUUUAAGCAGAUAAUGAUUCAAGUUAUAUAAUAAAUGAUGGAAUUAAAGUUACACAAAAAAGUUUAUAUUAUUUUAGACCUUAUUGUUGAAUCUUCAAUAUUUAGACUAGGGCUUGAUACAAAGUGUUAUUAAGUUCAAAAUAUUUUAUUUGCGAAACAAAAUGAUAUAAUAAUAUCCCUAAAGAUUAUAGAUUUUGGAUUUUCCGUCUAUGAAAAUACAUACACUUAAUUAUCAUAUAAAUAGGUUGACUUAAAAGAACUUUAUCUUUUGUACAGAUAAAAUUGUUGA